UUAAGAACCAUGUUUAUUAUCACUGACAUGUGUCAUGAAAUGUGUUGCUUUGCAGCAGCAGUAUGUGCAAGGCAUAAAAUUACCAUAAAUCACAAGAAUAAAUAAAUAGUGCAAAAGAAAAAUAGAGAUCGUGUUCAUGGACAUUUCAGAAAUUGGAUGGUGGAGAGGAAGAAGUUGCUUUUAAACCACUGAGAAUGGGGCCUAGAGCUCCCCAACGCAACUCACAUUCAACUUCCUUGUGAGUUUCAUGAAGUUGCUAUAUUUGCAUAUUAAAUCCACUGCAGUAAGUUGUCCAAUAAUGUAAAUAUAUUUUUAACAAUGUGAAAAUUAUUAAUGAUUACCAAUUAACUCCUCUGGUCCAGCAAGUGAAAAUUUAACAUAUUAAAACAUUUGGAAAUAGACCCAAUGACCCACUAUGUCAGUGCCAGUACAAUCUUGUCCUUAGUUUAUUACAACCAGAACUCUGCUCUGAACUUCAGCCGUGGCCUAACUAAUGCUUUAUAUAAAUGUCUUUGCUCUUAUUAUUGUUCCUAUCUAAGGAAGGCAAGGAUCCCAUUUAUCCUAUCUCACUCUACUGCUACUUUCAGGGAUGCUUAGACAUGUAUGCUAUGUCCAAGGGUCCUAUAUUCAUUGUGUAUAUCCCAGUUUUAAUUAGUACUCCCCAAAUGCGCCUAUUGAUCAGGAUUAAAUACCAUAUGCAAUUUCUCUGCCCAUUUUAGUAACAUGUCUAUACGUUCUGUAUUCCUAAAGUAAAUGAAUGCAUUUUUAUUACUUUUCUUCUCCUCCGUUCAAACUCUUUUCCCCCUUCUAUGUUCCAUUCGAUGUCUGAUUUGACAUUGAAUUUACACUGCUACAAUCCGGCCUUCCCAGUUCUCCUGCAUUUUUCAAUCCUUUAAUCCCAUUUGUUAAGGAGAUACUCUUGGUAGUUCCAUUAUCCAGCUUCUGCGCCAUGUAGUUAUCAGCUCAUGUUUUACUUAAAAAAAAGCUUCUGCCUUUCUUUAUUACUAAGAAUCUCAGGGCUUUAUGUGGUGACCCGUAUGUACUCUGAUAAGAAAUUUUACUUUGAAUUUUGAAGAAGAAACUAAUGUUGUAAGAGAAACCCUAGUUCAGUAAGUUACCGGGCAUUUAUUUUGCAAUCAUUUUUCUACUAUACAAAUCUGGUUAUUUUAAUACUUGAUGUUCUUUGUAAGCCAGUUUAAAGAUAACCACUUGAUAUUAAAAACUAAAAUGUAAUACUUGGAGGGCGUCACAUUCCACAAAAGACAUUCCUCGAGACCAGGGUACUUCUUUAAACAAUCUAACACCUUUAUCGCACCUUUGAAUUUCCUUUCGUAGGGCGUGAAAUUAUUGGACCAAAUAACGUAUUUGCGGUAAACCAAAAAAAAUUAUUAAAGCUGGGUAAUUAAAACAGAACAAUCAGUAGGUUUGAUGAGCAGAAGCAGUGCCAAUGUACAGGUUCGAUGGCAGCUUGCCCGCUUUCGGCCGGAUGCAGCAUUCCAGCCCGCUGAGGCGGCCGCGCCAGCGCCUAGGUUGUAAACAAGGUCGCCUGCCUGCCUCCCGGCCAGAAGGGGAGGUACGGACGGAUCCAGGCACUUCCAAAAUACUCACUCUCAUGACGAAUGUGUACUGUGAUGCCAUUUAGGAGACGCGGGGCGGCUCCGCUGAGGUCAGGCGAGAGGACGCACUCCACUAUACUUAUUGGAGCGAGGCUGAGGUAAUCCGGAUAAAGUUAGGGUUGUGUGUGUCGUAGCUGGAAUUAAAGGCAGCGCCGAGCCGUCCAAGUGCGGGGAGUGCUGAUGACAGUGGCUAUUUCUGACGGCGACCCGGAUUGGCGGCUAUAAGAAGGCCGGGAUGCGUUUUCGCAGCAGCGUUUUGACUCGCUAUCCUGAAACAGCCUUCAGCGUCUCUAUCCAAGCGGAGGAGAAAGUGCCAGUCGACAACCCAAGCGCCGCGGUGAAGAGUGAGGCCUCCUGUCCCCCUGCCAGCAUGCCCGCCUUCUCAAGCUACGACCCACUCGCCCAGGCCCCGGCCUCGGCUCCGGGCCCAGCCGUGCACCUCUACACCUCGACCACCAGGAUUCCCCUGCGGUCGCUGGAGAGGGGCGUGCCCGUCCAGGUGUUGAGCGAGAGGGCUCACACCGCUCCCGAACGCGCAGAUCGAGGCCGAGGCAGCGAAAAGCCAGCGGAAGUUUGGGGCCAAGGCCUGGAGGGAAUCUCUGGGGAGGCAGAAGAAGAGGUGACGCGGGUAGGCAGCCGAACCGAGAUCCCUGAGCAAGCUGGCCCUAGUCGCGUUUCGGCUUUGCAGGCGGCGGAACUCGAGUUCGGUGCGGGCUACAGAACGGUGGAUCUGGUGGUGGAGAACCGGUCGGAGAAAAACGCCAGGAUUGCGCGUUACUUGGCCGAGGUGGAAAAGCAAAACAGUUACUUGAGGGAGAAACAAAAGUACAGGUUUCACAGCAUUCCUGACGGCAAUUGCCUGUACAGGGCGGUCAGCAAGGCUGUCUAUGGCGACCAGACCAUGCACAAGGAGCUAAGGGAACAAACUGUGUAUCAUAUCGCGGAUCACCUGGACGAGUUCAAUCCCAUUAUUGAAGGUGAUGUUGGGGAGUUCCUGAUCAGUGCUGCUCAGGACGGGGCUUGGGCUGGGUACCCGGAGCUACUGGCUAUGAGUCAGAUGCUGAAGGUUAACAUUUACUUAACCACUGGAGGUAGUAUGGAAAGCCCGACCGUGUCUACUAUGGUGCAUUGCCUUGGCCCCGAAGACCAGUCCAAACCCAGCAUAUGGUUGAGUUGGUUGAGCAAUGGACACUACGACGCCGUUUUUGAUCAGUCGCUACCCAACCCAGAAUACGAAACAUGGUGCGCACAGACACACGUUCAGAGGAAAAGAGACGAAGAACUGGCUAAAGCCAUGGCAGCUUCUCUUUCUAAAAUGUACAUUGAACAGAACGGUAGCUUUUGAGUCGUUCCACACACUACAGUGUCUGUCAGGACUUAAGGUUCCUUGAUGAACUGGUGAAGCCGAAAUGAGUAAGACUGGCAGCCUGAAGUAGAAUUGUAAAUAUUGUUGGUAUAUAGUUUUGAUUUUUACUUUUGUUUUAAAUUCUUACACAUUCUGAUCAGGCUAAUGGCACUUUAAAUGGAUCUUACAAUCAACUAUAUAAGUAACGCCUUAAUUCAAUGUGUGAAUUUAUGGAUGUUUAACUGAUGAAGGUUUCAGGACACCUGAGUUUUAAUCGGGUUUACUGGAGUUAUGAGACCACAGAAUUAAAUGAAAAAGAACUGUUUCAUUGAUAUUUUUGUAAUAUUUUACAUUUCUGAUGUUUGGAAAUUAAUUUGUUUAGUCUGGUUUGGAAAGUUUUUUUUCCUUUUGGAGAACACUUUUACAGAAGGAUUUGUUCAUGUUGCAUUUUAUGCAAUCAUUCGUUGCUGUAUUACCUGAAAAGUUCAUGUAUUCUGGCAGGUGGCUGGUUGCCAUUAAAUUUCUGCCUUGAUUUUAUAAUUUGAUAAGAAUUUUCUGAUCUUUGGGAGCUUCAUUAUAGUUGUUAAUUUUAUUACCUUCUGUGACAUGCCACCCCACUUCUGAUUUUUAUACAUUGUCCAAGGUGCAUUAAGUUCUAACUUCCUAAAAUGGUUUGCAAGGUCAAACCUGUAACCAGUUUGCAACUGUUGUAUUUGUUUUGAUUAUACAAUUAUUAAUCAACAUGGAAUGAAUAAAGUUGUAAUGUUUCUCACAAGUCAUUACUUGAAUUAA